AUGCAUGGCCUGUCCAACCAGAGAAACCUCGCUUGUGGGCAUCGAUCUCAGCCAUGCGACAGGGAAAAAAAGCACAAAAACUUACAACCACUUGUGCAUCGCCUUGUCCGAGUUGAGCGUAAGCCACUUUGCGCACCGAAUGGCAGGCCCUCGCAGUAUUGGUUUUCGGGGCCUUCCUUGGCGUCACCACGCUGGAACUGCAGUGCUGCUUGUUUGGGUGAUGGGCGGAUUCUCGUGGUCGGUGGCUUCGACGAGUUUGGUUUGGCCGUGGACACAACCGAGGUCGUGGACAUCGUGACUGGAGAGGUGUCGUUUGGCCCGCGCCUGACGAUGCCACGGGCCGGCUGCGCUGCGGUCGCCUUGCCGCUUCCCAUUCAAGAGGAGGAGCCGGAGCUGGAGGGGGAAGACGGGGAAGAGGAAGAGGAGGUUUGGAUGCCCUGGGUCAUGGUCAUUGGUGGCUAUGGCGCAGAUGCUGGACAGAGCACGGAGGUCCUGAGUGUCCAGGCAGGCACGGCCCGGCCGGGGCCAAAGCUCCGCUCACGGAGGGCCUGCUGUGCUGCAGCGAUGUACGGCGAAAGGCACCUCAUCGUUGCUGGUGGGUUUGACGAGUUCACGAGUGUCAAUUCCACCGAGAUACUUGACUUGUUCCAACUCAAGUCAGUUGCCUAUGCUUCUGACUGUCGAAAGGAGCCGACGGAAAUCAGGCACACGACGAGCCUGAACAGCGAGAACGAAGACGAGGGAGUAGUUGGACCGUGCUUGGAGCUUUGGUUGUCCGGCAUGGUGGUCGCAGGUUCGCAAGAUCGUAGCCGCAGCCCCCGGAAAGCCGACGACGCGAAGAUCAUCGAUGGGCGCCGCAUUGCUGCAGCCUUGAGUGAAGAUGUGAAGGCGGCUACCACAGAGCUCUAUGCGAAGUACGGCGUGACCCCAGGCCUCGCCAUCAUCGAGGUGGGAAAUCACAGCUUCGGCCAGCUCAUUGAUUGCAUGAGGCCAGAGAAAAUGGACGACCAGAAGAUCAAUUUGUCCAACUUCGCAGAGCUGAAAGCAAAGAUGGCCGAGAGAUGCGGCAUGCAUGCACAGAUCUUGCGUUUCAGCGAGACUGUGCAGCAAAGCCGGCUGCUGAAGAUCAUCAGCGACCUGAUGGCGGAUGACAGCAUCCACGGCAUUGUGGUCGAGCUGCCCUUGCCACAACAUUUGAACGAGGUUGCCAUCUUGCAAGCCAUCGGUCCAGCGAAGGAUGUGGACGGCCUCUCCUUCUCCAACAUGGGCCGUGUCCUGGCUGCAGGAGGCUACAAAUUCGGAGCAGAGCCAGAGGCACGGCCCACGGUGCCCAUGGGCGUCAUGGAGCUCCUCCUUCGUUCUCAGGUAGAGCUCCACUCCAAGCACGCAGUGGUGCUCGGCCGCUCCAGCACCGUGGGGUCUCCCAUCGCCGCGCUGCUCACCGCUCACGACUGCACUGUCACGACGUGCCACAGUCAAACCGCUAACUUGCAGGAGCACGUCCGGCAAGCGGACAUUUUGAUUUCCUGUGCUGGACGCCCGGGCCUGGUUCGAGGCGACUGGAUCAAGCCCGGCGCGGUGGUGAUCGAUGUUGGUAUGAAUGUCGUCCCUGAUGCUCAGAAGGGCCAGCGCAUGGUUGGGGAUGUUUGCUUCCAGGAGGCUUUGCAGAAAGUCUCCAAGAUAACGCCAGUGCCAGGGGGUGUGGGCCAGAUUUCCUUUGCCAUUCUCCUGCGGAAUGUACUGAACUUGGCCCGCCGGGCCAUGAGCCUGACAAGGAUAGGUAUCGGUCCAAGCGGACACGAGAUGUUCCGGUGCGCGGACACCUUGCGGUUUCCGGAUAUUGGACUGAAAGUGCCCCGAGUGCUUCUGCCACGGAAAGGCCUCGACCUGACGAAGUGGUGCGUUGUCGCAUGCGACCAGUACACGUCCCAGCCGCAGUACUGGAAAGACGUCAAGCAGCUUGUCGGAGACUCUCCGUCUACACUGAACUUGAUAUUUCCAGAGGUGUACCUGGGUGAUGCAAAAUCAAACCAACAGAUCAUCCGCGGCAUCAGGGACAAAAUGCACGAGUACGACAGAGACCGCAUUCUGGUUCCGCAGCAUCCAGGCUUCGUCCUGCUGGAUCGGAAGACUCCCGUCGUCUCCAGUCGGAAGGGUCUGUUGGUUGCCCUGGAUCUGGAAAUGUACAGCUUCGCGAAGGGCUCCCAAAGCUUGAUUCGUCCCACCGAGAAGACGAUCCCUGAACGGCUCCCGCCGCGCAUUGCUAUUCGGGAGCAGUCGCCCCUCGAGCUGCCUCACAUUCUUGUGCUCAUUGACGACCCGAAGAAGACGGUGAUCGAGCCACUGUUCGACCGAUGCGCUGACUUCCCCAAGCUCUACGAUUUCGAGCUGAUGAAAGGCAGCGGACAUCUGAAGGGAUAUCAUGUGGCACAGAGUGACGCUGUGGAAGGGGUGGUGCGGGCGCUGCGGGCUUUGGCCAACCGAGAAGCCUUUGUGGAACGCUAUGGUGCCAGCAAAGACCAAGAGGUGAUUCUUUUCCCAGUGGGCGAUGGAAAUCACUCGCUGGCCACAGCUAAGCAGUGCUGGGAGAACCUCAAGAAGAAGGGGGCAGAUCCCGAGGAUCAUCCAGCGCGCCACGCCUUGGUGGAGCUGGUCAACAUCCACGACCCAGGAAUGACCUUUGAGCCCAUCCACCGAUUAGUUUUCAACGUUGACGUCAAGAAGGCUUUGGCAGACUUCGAGAGGAAACUGCUUGAGCUAGGCUGUGGCCCAGUCCAGAUUUCAGACAGUAUGCGCAAUGCGCCGCAGCAGAAGGGCUCCCAGCACAUCGAGUUCCGGAGCAAGCACACCAGCGGAGUUCUCACCGUCCUGAACCCCAAGCUUGUGCUUGAGGCAGCCACGCUCACAAGCUGGCUGGACCCUUUCCUGGCCGAAAACCCUAAGGCUUCAAUAGAUUAUGUGCAUGGCGAGGAGGUGAUUGCAGAAAAGACCGCGGAGGACGGAACUUUGGCUUUUCUCUUGCCCAUCAUGGACAAGAACGACCUGGUGAAGACGGUCGUUAAAGAAGGUGUGCUUCCCCGCAAGACUUUUUCGAUGGGAGCGGCGGAUGAGAAGCGCUUCUACUUCGAAUGCCAACAAAUCGUCAUUUCCUCGCCAAGGGAUCUUGCACGGGCGUGGUUUGAGCCAGGGCCAUCAAUGAUGGAGUGGCGUGCGGCUUGCACUGCGGUCACUGUCCCAAAGAAGGAUGACCACCCUCAAGAUCGAGUUUGGAUCAUUGGAGGAGUCAAUGAGCGCAGCGAGCGUUUAAGGACAACCGAAUGGCUGGAUGUGGUCCAGGUGGAGCGAAGAGUCCCAAGACCUCGAUCUCAGGAGGGUGAAGAAAAGGUGGACGAGCUACCAGAAGCAGCCGAAGCAGCUCCUCACAUCGAAGAGUCAGAUGCCGCUCCCCCGCCUGCAGAAGGCGAGGCCGAGCCAACCCAGAGAGAAGGUGAAGAGGACGAGAAUGACGACGACGCCGAUGAGGCUUACUCAAGCACGAUGCCCACCAAGGACGUGCCUGCUGAUGUAGAUGAUGCAGAGACCUCCAUCGUCACGGAAGCCUUUCAGCCGGGCCCUUCUCUCGCUUCGGCUCGUUCCGGCUUGGCGGCGGUGCGGCUAAGCGACACCGUGGUGCUGAUUGCAGGAGGCGUUGGUGCAGAUGGCGAGCUGCUAGAUACCACGGAGUUCUACGACUUCGAUGGCCGCAAAGAUGAAAUGCAAGAAGGGCCGCUCCUAUCCUGGGGCUGCAACAGCCAGGUUGGCUUCAGCUACUUCGCAGCUUCGCGAGCUGCGUAG